CCAGAAAUAACAAAAUCGUCUUUUUUCUUUUUCUGAAAAGCUCUUCCAAACAUUCUCUACUGUCGACGAAAAUUGAAAAAUACUGAACCUGAGAUAGUGAGAUUUAAAACGAAAAAAGAAAGUUCAGAGGAAAUUCGUCUCCACCAACUCUUCAGCUCCGUGUAAUUCCAAUUUCCAAGUCAACAAAAGGGAAAGGAAGGGAAGAAAUCUCAGGGAAUUUAGGGUUAGGGCAGACCCAAAUUCUGCUCAUCCAAUUCCUGCGUCUUCUUCUGUCACAUGCACGUAUAUAUCUGAGUAAAUAGUGGAGUAGGUGGUGCAAAAGAAGUGAAAGGGAAGGGGGAUUUGACUUUUGAGCACGAAGAAAUAUGAGCAGUCAAUUGGCGGCGGCGGCUCCACCGCCAAGACGGAACAGUUUGGUGCAGAAGAACCGCCAUUCCUCAACUGGCAAGAAAUCAUCAACUCCUUCUGAGAAUGGAACCGCCACCUCUAAUGGCACCAACGCCAAACCCUCUUCUCCUGCUCACCAGCCUUUCAGUGGGGAGAGAACGGUCAAGAAGCUGAGACUGUCCAAGGCGUUGACAAUUCCAGAGGGUACCACCGUAUCGGAUGCUUGUCGCCGUAUGGCAGCACGGCGUGUGGAUGCUGUCCUACUCACUGACACCAAUGCUUUGCUCUCUGGCAUUGUCACUGACAAGGAUAUUGCAACCAGGGUUAUAGCUGAGGAGCUGAGGCCUGAGCAGACGGUAGUUUCAAAGGUCAUGACAAGGAACCCUAUUUUUGUAAAUUCGGAUUCACUGGCUAUUGAGGCACUUCAGAAGAUGGUCCAAGGGAAAUUCCGCCACCUUCCUGUUGUUGAAAAUGGUGAAGUGAUAGCCUUGUUGGAUAUCACAAAAUGCCUUUAUGAUGCUAUAUCAAGAAUGGAGAAGGCUGCAGAGCAGGGAAGUGCCAUUGCAGCAGCUGUUGAAGGAGUGGAACGUCAAUGGGGAAACAAUUUAUCUGGUGCUCCAUCUGCUUUCAUCGAAAUACUUAGGGAGCGCAUGUUCAAACCCGCUUUGUCAACAAUCAUUUCUGAAAAUGCCAAGGUUGCAAUGGUACUCCCAUCAGAUCCCGUGCACGUUGCUGCUAAGAAGAUGCGUGAGUUGCGGGUUAAUUCAGUCAUAGUUAUAACUGGGAACAAGAUUCAGGGGAUACUAACUUCUAAGGACAUCCUGAUGCGUGUUGUGGCUCAAAACCUCUCCCCGGAGCUGACACUGGUGGAAAAGGUAAUGACACCAAACCCUGAAUGUGCAACACUAGAGACACCAAUACUUGAAGCGCUGCAUAUAAUGCAUGAUGGAAAGUUUUUGCACCUUCCUGUUUUAGAUAGAGAAGGAAGUGUUGUUGCUUCGGUAGAUGUGUUGCAGAUAACUCAUGCAGCAAUUUCCAUGGUUGAGAAUAGCUCUGGUGCUGUUAAUGAUGUUGCAAAUACAGUAAUGCAAAAGUUCUGGGAUUCUGCGCUUAAUGUGGAACCACCAGAUGAUUAUGACACACAAAGUGAGAUGUCCAUGUCUGCAGCGAUGACAUCUGAUUGGACAGAACCAGGGAAGUCUUCAUAUCCAUCCCUGGGUCUUGGAAAUUCAUUUACCUUCAAAUUUGAGGACCUAAAAGGGCGAGUGCACAGAUUUAAUUUUGGCACAGAAAACUUAGCUGAGCUUGUUUCUGCUGUUAUUCAAAGGAUCGGGAUAACUGAUCUUCAUGAUCACCCACAAAUUUUGUAUGAAGAUGAUGAAGGCGACAAAGUUCUGCUGACAACUGAUACUGAUCUUAUUGGUGCCGUUAGCCAUGCCAGAUCAGUGGGAUUGAAGGUCCUGAGAUUGCAUCUGGACUUAUCUGAUUCACACAAAAAGAGAACUCAACCACCACCAACUACCACCACUGUGGAAAAGACUAAAGGAGUCUCUCUCCUUCCCGGGAUUUUUGCCGGAGCAGUUGUACUAACAAGCAUUGGUGUAUUAACCUACUUAAAGCGCUCGAAGACAUGAUUAAGAAGAUGGGAGUCAUCAGGUUCGGAGUUUUGGUGUCAGAGCAUGAUAUUUUGUAAAAUUUCUUCAGUUCUCCAAUACACUGUCUGUUAUCAGGCAAAGGAUAAAGGUCAAAGCAUGUAGACUUGCAAAUGAAAAGUAGGGUAAGAAAUAUGGUAGAAAAUGAAGGAAUUCUUUUAUUUUA